CGCUACGCAGUCCCAGAUCUAUCAUAACUCAUUUUUUCCCGAGGUUCUAGAGAGUAGACACAGGCUGAGAUUGUAGAUUUAGAAGGGUCCGUUUUCCGUUUUCAGAGAUGAGCUUGUGUAUAGAUUGUUGCUGCAUGUAUAAUGGCGUUCAAUCGUUUUGGGGGUGUUUCUUACCCUUACGAAAUCACUGGUUCAGUGAGGUAUGCGUAACGACACAGGACAUGAUCUCACAAGCCUGGUUAUUAUGAGGAACUGGUUUCUAAAACUAUUAGCAAACAAGUAGGCUAGACAACACACGAAGAAGGAGCUAUUCAAAGAGAUGGAGGUCUACACAAAAAUGAUGAAAUGGAGGUUGCUGUCUGUUCUGCUUUGUGUCCUGUUCAUGACUGGAUUAUGUAAUGGAUGCCUAGGGCCAGGAGGAGAUUAUGAUUUCACAUUACGACUGACAGAAAAGCUUAUCGGAGCUAAGAGAGGACGUGCCUGGAUCCCCUGUGCGUUUACUGCUCCAAUGAGAGCGCUCUCCGGCCGACAGGUCUGGUUCAGACGCAGUCCCGAGUUCCCCCUCAGUCCAGCCGAGGUGCAGAAGAAGCAUGGACUGAUGAGGCCGAUGAUUUCUACGGAAUCCGAAUGCAGCGUUGUUUUGCGGGACGUGUGGGACACACCUGAGGAGUACGGGUUCAUGCUAGAAUGGGGAGCGAACGAAAGACACAUUUUUCCUGAUAGGGUUAAAGUGGCCUCAUGUGUUGCGAAUGUGGAGCUGACUCCAAGAACUUACUCCAAGAACCUUUUAGCUGGAAAUGAGACUUUUUUAAACUGUAGCCUUUCAAAGCACUGCCCUGGUAUUGAUCCAAAAAUAGCCUGGAAAGGGUUCAGCUCAAAACCACUAUUAAUUCAAAAAUCUAAAAAAGAAUUGCAUGACUAUUCAGGGUAUUCUGAACGGCUCCUUUUUACGCCUGUACCUGAGGAUCAUCAAGCAGAGAUCACAUGUGAAGCAACGUUUGGGAAAUAUCUGAGUGCAAGUGCUAAAACAGUUUUGACGGUUCACUCUCAUCCUCAGAUACUGAACAGCUCUGCAUGUUCUCUGCAACUGGAUCUCCUCACUUGUGUGUGUGUCAGUCAGGGUGUGCCUUUGCCCGAUAUUCACUGGCCUCUGCUACAAAACAAACACCAUUUUACUAAAGGCAGAGCAUCAUACGUCACUGUAAGAAGCACCUUCACAAUGAAUGUUGUGAACUUCACAAGUAACAGCACUGUCAUGUGUGUCAGCAGAAACUACCUUGGUCAGACAAAUGUGACUAUUCCAGUCAACAUCAUUGAAGGUCUUAGAAAUGCAUAUAGGUGGACAAUCAAAGGCCUGGUGAUUGCAUUAUUCGUUACACUGACAUUCUGUGUGAUUUGUUUUUGGAUGAAAGCUAAAUACCAAAAACUAACAGAGGUGCCCUACAGCUCACUGGAAAAGAGCAGAGAGACUGAAAACAACAUCAAAACAUCAUGAACACUCGACUAGUUUCCUUGAGCAGCAAAACAGCAAUGAAUGCAUUUAUACUGAAAUUUUCUGAGAUCUGUUGAACAGAUUUAUAAAAGGCACUUCAAUUCUUAAAUGUCAACAAUUGAUUUAGUUCUUUACUUCUUUAAAAUGGCCAUGACCUCUUGGUAUUUUCAAAAGAGCCUACCUUUUUUUAAAUGACUGAUGCUAUUCUGUUGGUAUUCAGCGCUUUAGACUGAUGCAGAGUAAUUUCUUAUGGCUGGUUGAUUCAUCUAAAAA